AUGGUGGAUGCUAAAGAUGUCACUAGAUUUUCUGAAUUAGAUGAUUUUUUAAAGUCUGACUUUUCUUCACAUAUCAAUUUGAAUAUCUUUCUGAUAUAUAAAUUAGAUAAUUCAAAGACUAUUUAGCUUUCAUAGGGAUUGCAAAAGUGCUCAAAUUUGGUUGAAGUAAGUAUACAAAUUAGGAGUAAUAAAAUCUCAAAUUCGGAAGCAAGUGCAGUAGCAUAAUCAUUGUCUCUUUGUCCUAAACUUGAAAAUAUUCUAUUAUUUAUGCAAGCUAAUCACAUUUAAAAUCAAGGAGUAACUCAGAUUGGUUAAUAUUUAUCAAAUUGUUCCAAUCUUAGAAUAUUGAAUCUUGACCUAACGCGUAAUUAUAUAAGUUGCCCAUAAGAAUUAUGUAUAAGUCUAUAAAAGUGCUAAAGCCUUACAAGUCUAAAACUUAACUUAUCACAUAAUGCAAUUCUUAAUAAGAGACUUCUUAGAAGAUAUUUGCAAAAAAUUAUAAAGCUUGUUGAUUUAAAGCUCAUUUACUGA